AUGGACAGUGAGCUCAUCAAUGAGAGGAGUUGAAGAGUCGCAGUCGCAGAGUAGAAAAAAGCGAGGAGACCAGAGCUAUCAGAUCCUCAUGUGAGAGUGCUUGUUUGGUAGCUGAUUUAAGCUUUGGUGCUUUACUAGGAACUCUCCUAAGCUUUGCUUGCUUCAGAGAAGCCGGAGAUGGUGGAGCUACUGCCGGAUAUCCAACAGCUUUUCCGUCAUUACAACGCUCUCUACUUCGAUGAUGCUCUGGGAGCUUGCAAUGUCGGCUGGUCACCGCUAUUGCGCAGUAAUAGUUCAACAUGUCUAUAUAUUGAAGCCUAUCGCUGUGAGAUACGCUUGUCAAAGCGUCUACUGAGACAUAUUUCAUCCGCUGAUCUUAAAAACUCAUUAUUGCAUGAAAUGAUUCAUGCAUUCUUAUGGAUCAAGCAAAAGAACAAGAACCGGAGUAAGCACGGUCCCAAUUUCUGGGCUCUAGCGAAAGAAAUCAACAACAGCUGUAAGGAUGAUAAUCAGAAACCACCAAAUGGAUACAACAUUAGUGAUCAGCACACCUUUAAUGAUGAAGCAGAGACCUCAGCUGUUCACCAUUGGAUGGUAACGUGUGAAUCAUAUGGACAUUUGGCUAAGAGAGAGAUCAGUAGAAGACCUUCACUUAGUGAAUGCUUCGAAAAGACUUGCCAUGAGAACGACUGUGGUAAUUUGUCAUGUGGAUGUCACAGGAACAGCAAGCUUCCCUUUGGUCAAUAUAAUAAAAUAGAUAUUUAUGAUGUUGGAGGCAAGGAGAAGCAUGUGGAAGGAUUUCAAGAGAAUAACGAGUGCGAGGGUUCAGAUUCAUCCAAUGCGACCAAAAGAAAGAGAAGAAUCCAACUUGCAGAAGGAAGAAAGGAUAACAACAACAUCAAAAUGCAGGGAAAAUUUACUAACGUCUGCUCAUCCAUGAGUCACAAAACCAAUUGCUCGGAAAACAUACUGACAUAUCAAAGAACUUAUAGGAAGAAAUGCAAUAAAAGUAACAUUGAGAAGAACAAAUCUUACAGAAGGAAGAGAGAAAUUUCAUUGGUAAUUCCUUGGUUAGGUGUUUAUACAGACGAAGAGUCUGAGGAAGAUGAAGAACCAUUGAUCAACAAGAGAGGUGUAAAAAGGAUGAAGCUAAAAGAAUCAAAAGAAAGAAGUGGACAGAUUGGAUUAACACCUGAAGAAGUUAUAUAUCUGGACUGAUUUUUCAGUAUGGUAUUUGUAUAGUUGGAUUAUUAGGUUGAUUUAGAUUGCAUUUUUUUUUUUUUGACACGAAGUUGGUGUUCUUCGUUUUGUUAGAAAAUGAUGCAAUUGUUCUGCAAAGUCUCUUAUUUUUGUUUGUUUUGAUGUA